CCCUCCCCAGGAAAACUCCGGCGCCUCCUGAAAUUAUUUUACUGUACAACAAUUUUUUCUUUAAAAAAAAAAGAAGAAAACGUGGCUCUCCCUUCGUCGCCUCUCCGGUCCCCAAGCCUUCCUAAGAGUCACUCGUCUAAUACUAUCUCUAGGAUCCUCUUUCCGGAUGCGAGCGCGCGAAGGAGGCCGGCCGGGGCCAAACUUAGUUCGGGCGCGUGCUCGGGCCCUCGCGUGGCAGGGCAAGUGCGCAGGCGCGGGGUCCUUCGGCCGGAACCAUUGAGGGGACGGAAGAUGAACCCCUUUGCACUGGGGCUUGCUCUUCCCGCCGGCGGGAAGGAGGAACCCUAUUGGUUGCCUGCGAGCGAAUGAGAUGGCCAUCGCAGUGCUCUGUCGUCAUCACGGGGCGCCUCGCCCGCUCCCCAACCCUAGAAGGCUGAAUGCCCGGAUGCUGAUGUUCUUUCCCGCCCUGGGGUCCCUUCGGAGGUGGGGCGAACCCAAAGCACCCCUUCCUCCGCAGCCCUGCUCGUCCCUCUGGCGGGCCCGGCCCGUGGUUUCCCUGAGGGAGUCGGUCCUUCUCUCCUGGGGCCGCCCUCCUCUUUCCCUGCUGCCGCCGCCUUUUCCUCAGGGGACCUUCUUCCCUCUUCUGGAGGGGCCCCGCGGAGCAGCAGCAGCAGCAGCAGGAAGAGCCGCAAUAGCACGUCCUUCCAUAAAAAUACGUGCAAGAAGAAAACCGUCCUUCCUUCAGGAGCUGCAGAGGCUGCCUCCCCCCCCCCUUUAUCCUCACAACCACCCUGCGAGGAUGUUUGCCAGGAGGGGCUUCUCUCUGGAAGACCAGAAGCGCUUGGUCGGGGACAUCACCCGUCUCCUCUCCCUCUACGGCCACCUUGCAGACGCCUACAUCAUCGAGUUUUUCACAGACCACUUGUGGGGCCGCCUCCCUGCUUCCUGGCAAGCUGCCCUGGAUGACCUCCCGUCCCCCCAGCUGGCUGCCCUAUUGCUGGACAGUAGGCACCCUGAGGAAGACAUCUGCUACGGCACAGUCUGGCCUCUAUCCCUGCUGGCCUUCAAAGCAGCCGCACACGCCUUGGCCUUCCCCAGAAGAGGUGGUGGCCGGACAGGCCUCUCGAGGGGCAGCAGGCCAGAGGAGUUCCAGGAAAACCCCUGUCAGAGCUCCAGCCUUGAUCCCCUUUUCCGGAAGCAUGUGAAGCCCAAGAAGCAGCAUGAAAUCCAGCGGCUCGGACAGGUGGUGAAGAGGCUGAGUGAGAUCACGGGGAGCUGCCACGUCAUAGAUGUGGGGUCUGGCCAGGGCCACCUCUCUCGCUACUUGGCUUUGGGGCUUCAUUUGCGGGUCACGGGGGUCGAGGGAGAUGCCCAGCUGGUUGCCCGGGCUACCAAGUUUGACCAGGAGCUGAUCCAGGCAGUGAAGAAAGAACAAGCCCGGGGGACUCUGGUUGCAGGUGCCCCGUCUGUUGAAGGGCCGGAUCAUGUGGUGGGCUGGGUGGACCCUCGAGCGCCAUGGCCGGAGUUCUUACGCUUGCUGCAGCUUGGGAAAGAAGGAAAAGGUCCCCCAGCGGUGGAUAGGGACCUCUCCGCAGGCCUGGGCUUCCCAGGGAGCAACAAAGCAAAGAACUGUCACUCCCUUACGACCGCCGAGCAGGGAAGGCAUGCCGCGGAGAGGGACGAAGGAAGCCGGCGAGAGGAUGCCUCAGCCUCCCUUGAGGAACCGAGGCAGGUGGCUGGCAGCGGCGGGUACUCCCCGACCAGUUCUGAAGGGCUCCCCUCGGAGCCUCCCCGCCCUGGAAGUCUGCCGCUGCUCCUCACGGGCCUGCACGCCUGUGGCGACUUGAGCGUGGCCCUCCUUCGACACUUUGUCCACUGCCCAGACGUGGUGGGAAUCACCUCCGUGGCCUGCUGCUACAUGAAGCUGACCAGCCGUGGGGACUCCCCCUUGUCUGGCCCCAGCCCCUCAGAGCACGGCUACCCCCUAAGCCGCUGGGUCUCGGCUCUGCCCGGCCACCGGCUCUCCUACAAGGCCCGGGAAGGGGCCUGCCACGCCCUGGAGGACUUCGCCCGGAAGCUCCAGGAGGACAGCCCCGCCCUGAGGACUCACUGCUUCCGGGCCACACUGGAGGUGAUGAUCCGGGCCAUGGACCCAGCCAAGAAGCGCCUGGGGGUGCAGACCAUCAAGAAGGCCCACCAGCUCACCUUUGAGCAGUACGCUCGCCUCGGGCUGCAGCGCCUCGGGCUGGGCCCCUGCCUCCCCCUGGAGCCAAAGGCUGUGGCGGGCCUCCUGGCCCAGCAGCAAAAGGUGGUGGCUUUCUCCAGCCUGGCCCUCUUGCUGGCCCCCUUGGUGGAGACUCUCCUCCUUGUGGACCGGAUGAUUUACCUCCAAGAGCAAGGUUUCCAGUGCGAGCUCCUCCCCCUGUUUGACCCCCAGUUUUCCCCCCGGAAUUUUGUGCUGGUGGCUGCCAAGGGGCCCUCGGGCGCUGCCUUCCCAGGCCCAGGUCUCGGCAGCGAAACCUGAGCGGAGGGUCCGUCCCGGCACGCCAGAGGGGGAAAGAAGAA